UGGAAUUGCAGUUCGAGAGAUUUCUUUAAGAGAGAAUGGAAUAUGGCAAUUUCUUGUUCGUUGUUUGGAUUGGUAUUUUCUUACCAGCGAAUGUAGCAGAUGCUGUUAGAUCCCUUGGUUCCCACCGGUUAUCAAGGGAUGCUCCAACGCCGCCUCCGACGAUAUCACCUGAAUACUGGAUCCAUCAGAAGCUGGACCACUUUAAUGUUGAUGACAAUCGCUACUGGAAACAGAGAUACUACGUCUUCGACAAGUUCUACAAGCCCGGCGGUCCGGCCUUCCUGACCCUCGGGGGAGAGGGUGCCCUUGGGGUGUACGUGCAGGAGGGGGCCUGGAUGGAUUAUAUUCAGGCGUACCAUGCCAUAGGCUUUGCCGUGGAACAUCGUUACUAUGGCGAAAGUCACCCCACACCCGACCUGAGCACACCUAACCUGCAGUACUUGACUGUAGAGCAAGCCUUGCAGGACUUCGCCACCUUCAUAGUAGCGGCAAACAAGGAACACAACCUCACUGACACAAAGUGGAUCGCAUUCGGAGGGUCCUAUUCAGGUAUGUUGUCCUCCUACCUACGCUACAAGUUCCCCCAUCUGGUUGCCGGGGCAUUAGCAUCCAGUGCACCUGUUGGCGUGUCUGUGUUUUCUCCAGAGUUCCUAGUAAGUAUCGGGGAAUCUCUUCGCUCUGUACCCGGAUGUUACCAGGCAGUUGGUGAUGCCUUCAAUGAUGUGAGGGAGCAUCUCAAGACUGACACUGGCGCCCAACACUUGCAGUCACUGUUCAGGCUGUGUGCUUUUGAUCGCACAGACAAGCUGGACGUGGAGAACCUGAUGGAUGGACUGCUGUCACCUGUCAUUAACACAGCGCAGUAUAGUAACGAUAACAUGGGGUACUUGACAGAUCCCCUCUCUAUAGCGUCCAUGUGCCGGGUUAUGACAGACACCAGCAGGGGAACUCCCCUGCACCGCCUGGCUGACUAUCAGGCAAUCGUCUACAACAACUAUACACAUGUCAGAGAUCCUUGCAACGACGUGACCUUCACCUUCAUGGUAAACAACGCCAAGAACAUGACGUUCAAGAGCGGAGACAUCGCUCACGGACGCCAGUGGAUGUACCAAAUGUGCUCUCAGCUCGGAGCCUUCGUCACAUCAACGUCUGACAAUCAGCCGUUUGGACACGUCAUCAGUGAAGAUUAUGUUGAGAGGGUCUGCCAAGCCUACUUUGGUCCAGCAUUCAACGUGACCCUGUUGACCAGAGGCGAGCGGGAGAUGUUGGUUGACUACGGAGGCCUAGGGAUUCAGGCCACCAACGUGGUGUACACCCAGGGCUCAUAUGAUCCAUGGCACAAGUAUGGUUUCACCAAGGAUCCAAACCCAAAGGCCCCUGUCAUCGUCAUACAAGGUGUGGGUCAUGUCGCAGACCUAUUCAAAUCUUCACCCAUGGAUAAUGUCCAGCUGAAGCAAGCACGAAACCAUAUCCGGCGUCUCAUUAGACAGUGGAUAUCGUCUGGGAAUGCUCCUAUCGUUGGAUGAGGUUCCACACCCCUGCAGUCACAAUGUGUCAACUGGUAUAUCCAUCAUUCAAGUAUAACGUCAUAUAAAGUAUAAACGAAUAAAUACAAAUUGCGUGUCAAGAUUUCGUUCAUUUUCUCAUUGAAAUAGUUAUUACAAUUGAUUUUCCUCAGAUUCUGUCGAGGUUAUACUUUGAUUACCAUUUGUGCCACCAUUUGUGCCACUGUUUAGAAACGUGAAUUUUGCAAGAAUAAAUGUUUUAGUAUUUAUAACAGAAUAUGUAAUUCGUAUCACACCGACGAGGUAUUUCAGGAUAUGUUUUCGACGAUAGGAAGUUAUCACAGAUGUUUUCUGGAAUUUAAAAUUUCCUGCAUUAGGAAUAAAAACAAUUUGAAUCACUACCUCAGUGAGUGAGUGAGUGAGUGAGUUGGGUU